AUGUUUUUUAUAGCUUGGACAGUUGUGGACAAGGAGACUAAACACAGCUGGAGCUUUUUUAUCAAUUACUUGAAAGAUGACUUGCAGUUGGGUACUAGAGAGGGUCUUAUUGGUCUUCAAGGAGUUGUUGCUGAACUGCUACCAAAUGCUGAAGUUAGAAUGUGUGCUAGACACAUCUGGUCUAACUGGAGUAAAAUAUGGAAGGGAGAGGAAAAGGGAAAACAAUUUUGGAGAUGUUCCAAGGCAACUUUUGAAGUGAAGUAUAAUGAGGAAUUUUACAAAAUGAGCAAACUUGGUAAUGAAAACAUUAAUGAAGAUUUAUUACAUUAUCCAAGAGUGUCAUGGGUUAGAGCAUUCUUUCAAGAGCACUCCAAAUGUGAUGCAGUUGAAAAUAACAUGUCUGAAACCUUUAACUAUUGGAUAUUAUCUUGUAGACACAAAUCUAUAAUAGCCAUGUUGGAGGAAAUUAGGGGAAAAUUAAUGACUAGAACUAUGGAUAUGGUUAAGUUUGCUGACACCUGGAUAUGUGAUAUUGCACAUAUGGCUAGACUUAUGUUGGAGGAGAAUAAGGAAAAGUCUACGGCAUGCAAGGUGCUUUGGAAUGCUGAUGUUGGAUUUGAGAUUGGAGAAGCGCAGUAUAGGCAUAUGGUCAACUUGAAUAAUAGAGUUUGUAGCUGUAGAACUUGGCACUUGAGAGGCAUUCCAUGUCAACAUGCUAUUUUUGCUUUGUACCAUAUAGGACAGGAACCUGAAUCACUUGUGGAGCAUUGGUAUAGGAAGGAUACCUCCUUAAAGGCUUAUAGUCGUUUGAUUCAACCAAUUCUAAAUAUAAUGAUGUGGUCUGAAACUAACAAUCCAAGGAUUGAGCCUCCUGAGCCUAAACAAAAUGCCUGA